UGAUAAUGUAACCAACAAUCCGGUUGCUUGGAUGCAUCUCUACAAACUAUCUUUCUUUGUGUUUAAACUCUUGUGCUGUGAACACAAGUUUUCGCCUCCUGAGUGAACACAAUCAAAUGGAUUCGUAUUUUUAAGAAAUUUUCAUAUCAGUUUAAACAGGCUAGUGACAACAAUUGUGUACUUGGAUUUCAGGUUUCACUAAUCAGUUGAAGGUGUCAUCAAACGAUGUCACCAUGGAGCUUGACAAUUAUGUUGGUGAUUUUUGUGGUGGAUCAGACAUCUUCACAUCAGAUCAUGCAUCAUCACAAGCAUCGAAGACCAUCCUAUCUAGAAACAGAGCAUUGUUAUGCUAAUGAACAGAACCCAUAUCUAUACUUUGCGUCAAAAACUGCUUACAAUGCAGUUUAUAAACCAAAUUCGCGUGACAUCAUACCAGAUGAGUGCGUUCCUGAGCAGUUAUGGAUGCUUGUCAGACAUGGAACAAGAUAUCCAUUGCUGAGGAAGAUGAAAGGAUUUCUAGAGCUGGGCAAACUUAGGGACGAAAUUGUAAUGAAUCAUGAAAACCAACAUGGCGAACUAUGUGAAGAAGACUUGAAAAAUUUGAGAAAUUGGAGAAUGAAGAAUGUAUCUUUGUUGGAAAGCGAUCACCUGACACAAGAAGGCUUCCAAGACCUGUGGGAUAUCGGCAACAGGACAAGGGCUAGGUUCCAAAACCUCUUCAAUAAACCAUACUCUGCUGACAACUACAAGGUGCAGUACACAAAACACUCCAAAACAAAACAUAGUGCAGAAGCAUUUGCUCUUGGACUAUUCCAUACAGAAGCAAUCAAUAUUCCUGAACCGAAAGACGACGAUCUUCUUCCCCAGAUUUAUCCGAACUGCAAAGUUGCUCCAAUCCCUGAUGCCGAUGAUCCUGAACAUGGUGGAAAAAUGGAGAGAGCUUUAUUCAAAGAAGGGGAACUGGUAGCCAAGGUUGUACACAAAGUCAAUAGAAGACUUGGAUUCGUAGACCACAAGUUGACAAUUGAUGAAAUUGAACAAGUGUAUGAUAUCUGCCGAUAUGAGAAAUCAUGGAAUUUCAAUAAGUUGAAUCCCUGGUGUGCUGUUUUCACUGCAGAUGAACUCCAAAUUAUGGAAUACAUUGGUGACCUGUCCUAUUAUUAUAAUUCAGGCCACGGCUACUCCGCCAACUUGAGAACAGGAUGUCCUCUCGUCAGAGAUAUGAUGGAAACAUUCCGGGACGUGGCCAACCACGAGCACAAAGGAGCUAAAGCCGUAUUCUACUUUGGUCACUCCACAACAAUGUACAAUCUGUUCGCCAGACUUGGACUGGCCAAAGAUGCCGAACGAAUCACACACGACAACUACUACGAAAUGCUGCCCAACAGACAGUGGCACACCUCACUGCUCGCCCCUUUCUCCGCCAACUUUGCAGCAGUAUUCUUGAGAUGCAACAGUGGCACAAAAGACAGAGUGGCAUUCUAUCACAACGAAGCCCCAUUCUUGUUGCCGGGAUGCAACAGUUACGCCUGCGAUUGGACUACAAUCGACAACAAAUACAAAAGCAUCACUGACCCCACAGUGUGCAACUUUGACUUGUGCACUAAGAAUGGAACAGUGGCAACCAGCAUCAAGACGGAGCACAAAGGCGCCAAUUCGCAUGCAAGCAUCACAGCGAUUGAUGCCAGUCACAGUGCACACAUUCACAGUCGACUCCUACAAGGUGACAGCCAUUCAAGUGCCAACAAAAUCAUACUUUCAAACAAUACAGAAGAUAACAACACACAACACAAUUCUAACCAAAACAUUCAGAACAAUUUGCAAGCAUUACUCAUGAGGAGAGGCCCCUUACCUAAGCCUCAACAACAAUCUAAUAGCCACUCUCAAAUCCUUCAGCCACAGUCAAAUAAUGAUGGAAUGUUUCAUCCUAAAGGUAAUAAUGGUGGCCCAAACAUGAUGUACAUCCUCCCAAUAGUUGUUGUUUCAAUUGUUCUAUUCGUAAUUUACAAAAGAGCGAAAUCAAGAAAAACAAACUCAAUGAGAUUUUCAAGACUGAUGACCGUAGAGUUCACAAACACACAGUCUGAAGCAUUAUUGCUUGCAUAAUGUAGAAACAUUAUUUUUAAUUUUAAACAUAAUCUAUUUUCAUUUUAUUGUGCAUUGACUAACUAAAUUUUACUGAGUUGUAGUUGUAAUUUCGGAGAUGACAUAUUUAUAUAUUUCUAACGAAAGACACAGUACGCAUUUGAUGAAGUGAAUAAUAUGAUAUUCUUAAGUACAUUUCUCAAUAUUUUUUAUCAGUUGACUAUAAUUCUCGAGUGAAUAUUAUAUGCGAUCUCAUUCAUUUGAUAUUAUAUUCCUAAGGAUGCCCAAGUGAACCCAAUUAUGUGAUAUGAACCAAGAAUUAAAAUGUUUCUAAGAAUGAAUGGUGUUUUAAUUUGAUUACAUUCAUUUAUCCUCCAAUAUUGCAAAAUAAUACUAUUUUUGGUUAAGAUUUCCAAUUGCAAAUUGAAAAAUUGGGGUUUGCAAAGAGAAAUUUCAACGGCGUGUCUUAUUACUUUUUUAUAUUGAAGUCCACAGAAGUGAAUCUUUGUGACAGGUUCAAAUUUAAAUAGAAUCAUUCAAGUGAAUGGUGUGGUAGAAUUUAUUUAAAUGUCAAUAUUCGUAGGUAAAGUUUUAAAUGAAAUGAUAGUUAAUUACAAAAACUGAGAAUGUUUUUGCUACAUUUAUCUACAAUAAUAUGGAAUUGUCAAAUAUGAAAUCAUAGAAGAGUGAAUUGGAACAUUAUUUGAGUGAUUCAAACUUAUUUCUGAAAUUCACACAUGACGAAUUCACACAUUAUGAUGAAAUUAUCAAAACUUAACAAUGAGACCUACGAUAAAAAAUGUAAAAAGUUGUCCUUAUUUAGCGUUAUUCCUGCUAAAAACUGAUAAGGUUUGGAAAUUUCAAUGUUUAGGUUCUGAUCAAAUGCAUGUUAUUAUAAGAAUUCCUUGAUAUUUAUUCCUAUAUAUUUAUCAAUAUCUGAUACAGCUAUGUUAAUCUAUUUUUUUAGGAAGUAUCGAAAUUACAUCGAAUGAAGACAAUCAACGGCCAACUCCAAAAGGAAGAUCCAAUUUCGAGCAAUCUCGAUCAAGGAAGAGAAACCUUGCCAACUUAUUAUAUAUUACUUUAUCUGUUUUGAAUUUAACUGGGAAAUAACUUUAAAAACUUAUACGAGUAACUUAGAUAUUACAAUACGCAAGUAAUGAGUGUGUGUAAAAUAAUUGUGUAAUUAUUUCAAUUUAUUAUUGUUAUUUGAUUUCUUUAUAUAGUUGGUAUAUAAAUUAUAAGUAUUAUGAUAGAUUGA